GUGUCAAACUUAGUUUCGCUUGUGCAAUGAGUGUGUGUGAGGAAGAGGUCGUGUUUUAUUUCAUGCGGCAGAAAGGCAUGAGUUCCUGCAUCAGAUCGGAUCUGCUGUUUCUCUGACGAACACUCACUGCUGACACCAUCACAGAAGGCUGAUGUAUGCUUUCUUGCAUUAUCUGCAGCUGAAAGAGUGUCUUCUGAGAUAAAGGUAGUCAUAUGGACAGAAUGCAAAUCAUACACUCAUGACAAUGCUCUGACGAUGUUCAACGCGUCUAAACAGAGACCCUUGUCCCUGGACCCUGUCUCUGUAUCAGCUGAAGUAUCUGGUGUCCCCAUGUCAUCCACCUCAGCACGGCUAAAGUAUGUUUCUCUGGGGGUGCUGGUACUGCAGACCACCUCACUGGUGCUGACCAUGCGUUAUUCUCGGACGCUGUAUUCAGAGGGGCCGCGCUACCUGCCAUCUUCUGCCGUUGUGUCUGCUGAAGUUCUGAAGAUUGUUGCAUGCAUGCUGCUUGUCUUCAAAGAUCACAGUUUCAGUAUUCGUGGCUUGAAUCGGGUGUUGAAGGAGGAAAUAGUGAACAAGCCUCGGCUGACGUUGCAGUUGGCCAUCCCUUCAGGCAUCUACACCUUGCAGAACAACCUACUGUAUGUGGCUCUGUCAAAUCUAGACGCAGCCACUUAUCAGGUUACAUAUCAGCUGAAAAUUCUCACUACAGCCCUUUUCUCUGUGUCCAUGUUGGGUAAAAGACUCGGCAUUUACCAGUGGCUUUCUCUAGUCAUUCUGAUGACUGGCAUUGCACUUGUCCAGUGGCCGACUGACACUGCAUCAGGCACCCAGCUGAAGGAUGUGACUGCAAGCUCUCAGUUAGUGGGACUUCUGGCUGUGUUGGUGGCCUGCUUCUCCAGUGGAUUUGCUGGUGUCUAUUUUGAAAAGAUCCUCAAAGAGACCAAACAGAGUGUUUGGGUCCGAAAUAUCCAGCUAGGUGUGUUUGGACUCAUGUUUGGGCUUGUGGGAGUGUUUGUGUAUGAUGGUGAAAGAGUGCAGGAGAAUGGACUCUUUCAAGGGUACAGCAAUGUGACAUGGGCAGUGGUAGCGCUUCAGGCUUUGGGUGGGUUGGUCAUUGCAGCUGUGAUCAAGUAUGCAGAUAACAUCCUGAAAGGCUUUGCCACAUCUGUCUCAAUCAUUCUCUCCACCAUCAUCUCCUAUUUUUGGUUGCAGGAUUUUGACCCUACCAGUGUGUUCUUCCUGGGUGCACUGCUGGUUAUCGGUGCUACAUUUCUUUAUGGUUAUGAGAGCACAACUGAAGUCAACCCUAGUAAAGUAUAGAAGGCUGGACUGGAGAUUAUGAAUAAUCCAAAACAGUCCUCAAGAGCAUCUAAGAUCCCCUCCUUCAGGUUCAGAGAACAAGUGGAGACUAUAUGGAUGCUAUUGGAAUAUAGCAUAAGAACCAGGUGUUUAAGGCACAGAACUGACUACAUUCAUCUAAAACUUGAAACUUAGUUUCUGGGGCAGAGCCCGACAGGAACACAACAAAUGUUACAGUCUGCAUAUUUACAGUAUUUAUACUGGUAUAUUCAAAAGGAAUUGUUUUACUUGAAUGUACCCUUUGAGAAGUUCCAGAAAUUACUUAAUGUCUUAUUUUUCAUCAUUUUUAAAUUGUGAAUUAUAAAUUGUGAUGUUUAAUCUAAUAUAAAGGGCAAUAGCUGUAUUUUUAUUGGUGGAGUAAUCACGCCGACUGACGUGGGAAAUACACUCAAUUUUGAGUGUGUGAAAUUACUCCAGUGUGGAAGUGUAGGUGCCAUAUUAGGUUUCCCUAUGAAAUUCUGUUCCCCUUGGACCUUAAACGAUUUCAUUGGCUAAAAGUAGUUGUUUUGGGCAUUCUAUGCAGUGCCUGAUCGGAAAUUCUACAAUAUUGCUUGAAGAUUUAUGUAGUCUUAAGAAUGAAAAUUCAUCGAUUAAUGCCGUGUGAACUAUAUAUGAUGCUACAUAAUAUAACUAAAGCAAUGGUCAAAUAAAAGGUUUCUCUUUGUGUUUUCACCGAUUGGGGGUGAAAACUUGUUUUUGUA